AUACAUAGAUACGAGUUGUCGAUUAUAGCUUGUUUAAACAUAUAUAUUUCACUCCAAAGCAACAGCAGCAGCAACAUAAAUCCCUCCCUUUUCAACACUGUUCGUUGAUAUACACCACCACAGAUUACAGAAGUUUCGUCGACUUGUGCGAAACAUGGAUUCAAAAGGAGACGAUGGAAGUAGAGAGAUGCUCUUGAAGCUUCAAGAGAAGAUUGAGAAAGCCACUUCUGAGCUCAAAGCGUCAGGAUCAUCAUCUGUUUCCACUUCAUCUCAUCAUCUUCAAAAGCUCUCUAAAGAGGUCCAGCAUCUUCUCGAGAAGACUGCGAACGCUCAGGAUCCGAGUAAACCGCAGAUUCGCGAUGAGCUUGACAAGGUGUUUGAUGCUGAGGAAGUUGGACACUCGUGCGAUUUAUGCGACAGAGAUCUAGCCUCUGAUCCAGAACGACCUAAUGCUUCUUUGCGCAGCUUACAAGGAGCGUGCGUGCUGGCUUGUGGUCAUGUCUACCACUUCAAAUGUUUGAGAGGCACCACUCUUGAUCUUGAUAACCCUUCCUGCAUUUUCUGCAACAGCUAACUAACAUGACAUCCUAGCCUUUGUGGACCAA